CAUUCUUCAAUCUUCUGUUUUGCAAAAAUAAUAAAUAAUUAAUAAGUUGAUUAUUAAAAUAAAUAAUUUUGCUGUCGUUGUGCAUUUGAUAUAAAGUGACAUAUAUUUAUAUUAUUUAAAAACGUACGAGUCACGUACAUCAUUAUUUGAUUAGUUCAAAUGGUAAUAGGGCUUCAGUAGAAACUAGAAAAUGACAAAGAAAUCAAUAACUCUCGAAGUAGAUCCUUCAAUAAUGGAAAAGAAUAUGAGGAUUAUAUCGGAGGAUCCUAUAGAAGAGGAAUUCAACAAAUUGCUGUCAGCAGUUGAUCCGCACCCAUACAAAGUCGUUAAACCAAGGCCAGGUUUCUGUGUUAAAACAUUUACAAAACCCGAAGGUAAAAAGGUAUUUGUUAAUGUUUGCUUGACAGAAGCUAUCCCAUGUCCUAGAGACAUCAGCAAUGAGGAGUUGAUGCAAAUCUUAAAUUCCGAGGACCCGUCAAGCUACAGAGUGCCAAUGAGUAUUGGCGAGGGGCGCACUGAAGCUGAUAAAUCUGGUGCACCGGCCUCCGUAUAUGACGUAGCUAUAAAUCCAGACUUCUUUUCUAAGAUUGAAAAGGAUGACCUCUUCCAGACAUUCUUUUUGACGGUGGUCUUUGAAGGGUUACAGGAUAAGUACCAGUUUGAAAUUGACAUGCAAAAGUUUACAAUACUAAAGCAUAGAAAGUCCAUGGGUACAUUACAAACCCAUAGAGUUCAGAUAAGAGAUGUAAAGCAAUAUACAGAAGCCACAAAGCCAUUGAUUGAGGAAAUUCCAAAAACCCAAGCUGUUGUCUCUAAACCUCCAGAGAUAGCUUAUAGACUGAGACGAGAGCCGCCCACUGGAGAAAUUGAAUAUCUGUUAGCAGAAUUUAAAAUACCAAGUUCUGUUGAACUCAAAGAUUUAAAUCUAGAAAUAGGGGAAGAUAGACUGGUCUUGGAUUCUAAGGGAUUGUAUGGUAUUGUUGAUUUUUUCCUGCCAUGCAAUGUAGACCAAGAUAUUAUUGAUGCUCAGUUGAAUAGGAAUAAAGAUCUGCUGUCUGUGAAAAUGCCAGUCAUUCAAUAGGGAAGAAAUAAAAUUACAAUAAUAAAAAAAAAAAACGUUUAUUUUCACCAUACAGUUCAUUACUCACAUCAUUUAUUAUUUUUAUCUCAAUACAAAAACUAGAGUAAAAAUAAAAAAUGUUUUACAAUCUCAUACUAAAAUACUUUUUGUGAUGCUUUCUGAUAGUAAAAUUGUACUUAUUGUCUUGAUAAUUAAGUAAGUAAUAAGCAACAAGUAAAAAAAUGUUUUAAUAUUAAUAUCAUUCUUAUAUUACAGUUUGUUAGGUCAAUAAAUAAAAAUAGUGAUGUGUCUAGAAAGUUGGAAUAAAUUUAUUACUUACUAAGUAAAAGG